AUGGUGGGUACUGCAGACAAGUAUUUGAUCACGAUGAAGAUCUUGCUAGCCCUCUCCAUUGCUUUCCUGUUUAUGUUAGCAGCUCUGCACGCUGAUGCAGAAGUGUUCACCAUCAUGGAGCCUAUGGUGGCCAACCGUCAUCUAUUGAGUGAACCAUCAUCUCUUAGUCGAAAGGGUAACGCUGGUGCUAAUGAUCCCGGGUGUACCCUUGCUUCAGGGAAGGGCAACACUGACACAGAAACUAAAAAUGCAGCUCUAAUGGUUUGUUGGUUUGAUUUUAUCUACUGUAUGCUAUGGUGUGGGCAUUUGUUUGGAUUCUCCUUCACAAUUUCUCAUACCGACAAGACCAGGUCCUUUGCUUCUGAGGGUGUGGUAUUUGUCCUGGUUUUUGUACUGUAUUUUGAUGGACCGGGUUUGACUCUUAAGCCAGGUGGCAUUUCGAGUCUGCCGAUGGCUAGGUUCCUUGAAUUAUCCUUUGGGAUGAUUGUUGGUCGCUUCUGUUUGGCUCUGGCGAGCAUAAGAUACGUGCUAGGUUUACCAUGGAAAUGGAGUGCCUAUAAUGCGUUUGACAAAAGUGUCUAUGUCAGUUUUCCAAGUGCUGUUCUCCAUGGUUUACUUUGGAUGCUUGUGAAAUGGCAAUGGAUUCCGAAUAAUGGGUUUGAGAGUCAGGUGGUGGGGAAGAUGGGUUUGGAGGCAUUGGUUUGGUAUUGUCGACCUAUGGCAAAUGGGGUUUGGGCAAAAAAGGUGGAUAAUGCAUUUGGUGCUUACACUCCCUGUGCCAUUGACUCCCUAAUGGUCUCUGUGAUUGUUGAGGCUCUUGCCUGGUGCUCCACUCUUGUUAUGAUUGGUCUGGAAACAAAAAUAUACAUUCGCCAGUUCCGAUGGUAUGUGCGGUUUGGAGUCAUUUAUGUGUUGGUAGGGGAAGCGGCCAUGCUCAAUCUCAUACUGUCAGUGAGUGAUUACUACAGUGGGGAGUGGACAAUGCCAUGGAUAUUGGCAUCUUUAGAUCAUAGGAUGGAGCCUGUUGGAACUUCUAGUCUCAUGCUGAUGCCUAUAGAUACAAUUCUUUCUCAAACUGCCCGGCAGGUUUUGUUUGGGAUUCUUCUACUCGUUUAUAUUCCCAAUUUGGAUCCUUAUCCAGAUUAUGUUAUGGUGGAACCUGAGUCUUUUGAUAAUGGUGAAUAUGAAGCACUUCUUGGAAGAGAGCAAAUUUGUCCUGAGAGGCAUGCUGGCUUAUUUUCCAGCCAUAAAAGACCUAUUACUGAAAAGGAUGUUUGGAAGUUAGAUACAUGGGAUCGGACUGAGACAUUGAUAAAAAGGUUCCAGGCUUGUUGGGUUGAAGAAUCUCAAAGGCCAAAGCCCUGUCUUUUAAGAGCACUGAACAAUGGUCUUGGAGGAAGGUUUUGGUUGGGAGGACUUUUUAAGAUUGGCUCUGAUCUUUCUCAAUUUGUGGGACCUAUUGUAUUGAGCCACCUCUUGCAGUUGUUCGGUGCGCUAUGUGAAUCUCAGUUUUUGCAGAAUGUUCUGCGUGUUGGUUUUCGGCUGAGAUCAACUUUGGUUGCUGGUAUAUUUCGUAAAUCUUUGAAACUAACUCACGAGGGUCGAAAGAACUUCCCAUCAGGCAAGAUAACAAAUAUGAUCACAACAGAUGCCAAUGUACUUCAGCAAAUGUGCCAACAACUUCAUGGAUUGUGGUCUGCUCCAUUUCGUAUCACCAUGUCCAUGGUUCUUCUUUACCAGCAGUUAGGUCUUGCUUCGCUUUUGGGUUCACUAGUGCUUGUUCUCAUGGUCCCUACACAAACAAUUUUGAUGAGCAAAAUGAGGAAACUAACUAAGGAAGGGUUGCUUAGGACAGACAAAAGAGUCAGCCUCAUGAAUGAAAUCUUGGCUUCCAUGGAUGCUGUGAAAUGUUAUGCAUGGGAGAAGAGCUUUCAAUCCAGAAUUCAAAGCGUGCGGGAUGAUGAGUUGUCAUGGUUUCGCAGUGCACAAUUACUAUCUGCUUUCAAUAGUUUUAUACUGAACAGCAUCCCAGUUGUUGUGACACUGGUUUCAUUCGGCGUGUUCACCUUGCUUGGCGGAGAUUUGACACCUGCAAAGGCAUUUACGUCACUCUCUCUGUUUCAAGUGUUAAGAUCCCCUCUAAACAUGCUUCCUAACUUACUAAGCCAGGUUGUGAAUGCAAAUAUAUCAUUGCAACGCUUGGAGGAACUGUUUUUAGCUGAAGAGAGAAUUUUAGCACCAAAUCUGCCUCUUGAACUUGAAAUUCCAGCCAUCUCAAUUGAAAAUGGAAACUUUUCAUGGGAUUCAAAGUUAGGAAAGCCAACUUUAUCAAAUAUCAAUUUAAACAUACAAGUAGGCAGCUUAGUCGCAAUUGUUGGUGGGACUGGAGAAGGAAAAACGUCGCUUAUAUCAGCAAUGCUUGGAGAACUGCCUCCUACAGAAGAUGCAUGUGUUGUUAUACGAGGGAUUGUUGCAUAUGUUCCCCAAGUUUCAUGGAUCUUCAAUGCUACUGUCCGUGACAACAUAUUAUUUGGGUCAGAAUAUGAACCUUCACGAUAUUGGAAAGCUGUUGAUGUAACUGCAUUAGAACAUGAUCUCGACUUACUCCCAGGCCAUGACCUAACCGAGAUAGGUGAACGAGGAGUCAAUAUUAGUGGUGGGCAGAAGCAAAGAAUUUCCUUGGCUAGGGCUGUCUAUUCCAAUUCAGAUAUAUACAUAUUCGAUGACCCUUUAAGUGCUUUAGAUGCUCAAGUUGGUCAACAGGUCUUCAACAGUUGUAUUAAGGAAGAGUUGCAAGGAAAAACCAGGGUUCUUGUCACAAACCAGCUACAUUUUCUUCCACAAGUGGAUAAAAUUAUUCUUCUCAGUGAAGGUAUGAUUAAAGAGGAGGGAACCUUUGAGGAACUCUCUAAGAAUGGCAAGCUGUUCCAGAAGCUGAUGGAAAAUGCAGGGAAAAUGGAAGAAAAAGAGAACAGUGAAAAUGUGGACUACAAACGCUCAAAACCAGCAGCUUAUGGAGGAAAUGAUUUGCCACAAAAAGCAGGCAACACAAUGAAAGGGAAAGGAGGGAAGUCUGUACUUAUCAAGAAGGAAGAACGAGAAACAGGUGUUGUCAGUUGGAAUGUUUUGAUAAGCUCAAGUCUCCAUGCAGCCAAAAGACUUCAUGAUGCCAUGCUAGAUUCUAUCCUACGAGCUCCCAUGCUAUUCUUCCACACUAACCCAACUGGGAGGAUGAUCAAUAGGUUUGCGAAGGAUCUAGGUGAAAUAGAUCGUAAUGUUGCCAAUUUUGCCAACAAUUUUCUAAACCAAGCCUGGCAGCUGCUUUCAACUUUUGUGCUGAUAGGCAUUAGUACAUCCCGUGAAGUGAAACGUCUGGAUUCCAUUACCAGGUCUCCAGUUUAUGCACAAUUUGGAGAAGCAUUAAAUGGUUUGUCAAGUAUUCGUGCAUAUAAAGCAUAUGAUUGGAUGGCCAUCAUCAAUGGCAAGUCUAUGGACAAUAAUAUCAGGUUUACUCUGGUGAAUAUUAGUUCAAAUCGUUGGCUUACCACAAGGUUGGUAACAUUAGGAGGGAUCAUGAUUUGGUUGAUAGCAACAUUUGCAGUUUUGGGUAAUGGAAGAACAGAAAAUCAUGUGGAAUUUGCAUCUAUAAUGGGUCUACUUCUUAGUUAUACUUUGAACAUCACUGAUUUGUUGAGUGGCGUUUUAAGACAAGCCAGUAGUGCUGAAAAUAGCUUAAACUCUGUUGAGCGUGUUGCCACCUAUAUAGAUUUACCCUCUGAAGCUCCAGCCAUAGUCCAAAGCAAUCGUCCUCCUCCUGCUUGGCCUUCAUCAGGAUCAAUUAAAUUCAAGGAUGUUGUUCUACGCUAUAGGCCCGAGCUUCCUCCAGUCUUACAUGGUUUGUCCUUUGCAGUCUCACCUAGUGAAAAGCUAGGAAUAGUUGGAAGAACAGGAGCAGGGAAAUCUAGCAUGCUAAAUGCAUUGUUCCGUAUUGUAGAACUAGAAAGAGGAGAAAUUAUUAUAGAUGGUUGUGAUGUUUCUACGUUUGGACUCACAGAUUUGAGGAAAGUUCUCAGUAUCAUACCCCAAUCACCACUUCUCUUCUCAGGAACUGUGCGAUUCAAUCUCGAUCCAUUUAGUGAACACAAUGAUGCUGACCUAUGGGAGGCUUUAGAGAGGGCACAUUUAAAGGAUGCCAUUAGAAAUAAUCCUUUUGGUCUGGAUGCUGAGGUUUUUGAGGGAGGGGAGAAUUUUAGUGUUGGACAGAGGCAACUUCUAAGUCUCGCACGAGCACUGCUGCGAAGAUCUAAGAUUCUUGUUCUCGAUGAAGCUACUGCUUCUGUUGAUGUUAAAACUGAUGCUCUUAUACAGAAAACCAUUCGAGAAGAAUUCAGAUCCUGCACAAUGCUAAUCAUUGCUCACAGACUGAAUACCAUUAUUGACUGCGACAGAAUUCUUGUGCUUGAGGCUGGACAGGUUCUAGAACACGCUACUCCGGAGGAACUGCUAUCAAAUGAAGGAAGCGCAUUCUCUAGGAUGGUUCAAAGUACAGGGACAACAAAUGCGCAGUACCUGUAUAGCCUGGUGUUUGAAAGUAAAGAGAAUAAGUUGAGUAGAAAAGGGAAGGAUGACCUGAGAAGAUGGAUAGGCUCUUCAAGAUGGUCUGCUGCUGCACAGCUAGCCAUGGCUAUUAGCCUUACUUCAUCAGAGAAUGAUCUUCGAAUGUUGGACGUUGAAGAUGAGGACACCAUCCUCUGGAAAACAAAAGAUGCAGUUAUAACACUGCAGGAUGUCCUCGUGGGGAAGCAUGACGAAGUGAUAUCUAGUACACUGCAACAAUGCCAAGCUCCCCAAGAUAGAUGGUGGUCUUCUUUCUACCGAAUAAUUGAAGGUCUGGCUUUGAUGAGCAGGUUGUCGCACAAUAGGGUUCAGCAAUUGGAAUAUGAUUACGAAAAUGAACUCCUUGAUUGGGACAAUAUUGAAAAUUAG